AUGGGGAUCACGUGGUAUCCGGAACGCUCGCGCUCCUCUCUGCCUGAAACGUUCUUCCGGCUGUGCCCGUGUCACCGACUAGCCGCGUGCUUGUUCUCUCUUUGGAGCUAAGGCCGUAUCGGCGACUUGCACGAUUUUAUAAAUCCAUCGAGCCGUGGUUUUAACAAAAUAAUAAACCCAAGAUGUCGACCAAGGCUGAAUUAGCUUGCGUUUACUCCGCACUCAUCCUCGCUGAUGAUGAUGUCGCCGUCACUGGUGAGAAAAUCCAGACCAUCCUCAAGGCUGCGUCUGUAGACAUCGAGCCUUACUGGCCAGGUCUUUUCGCCAAGGCUCUGGAGGGCAUCAAUGUCAAGGACCUGAUCACCAAGAUCGGAUCCGGAGUUGGAUCUGCCCCUGCUGGUGGUGCCCCAGCUGCUGCUGCUGGUGCUGCUGCUGAGGCUCCAGCUGCCAAGGAGGAGAAGAAGAAGGAAGAGCCAGAGGAGGAAUCUGACGAUGACAUGGGCUUCGGUCUGUUUGACUAAACCAAUGCUCGUGGGUCCACUUUUUUUGUACAGUUCUAUUGUACAUUAAAAAAACAAUAAAAAAAAAAACUGAAAAACCUA